AUGAAGAUUUGCACUCCUUUAGAUUUCCUUAAAUAAUAUUGGAUGAUAUAUAAAUAUGGUCAUAUGGAUUAUUUAUAGAUCGUUGAAAAUAAAUACUCUUAUCGUUUAAAUGAAGAAAUAGUCAAAGUUAAAUACAAAUAUAACGUUGAAGAUAAUAACUAUAGAUAUAUAUGA